CUGGGUCAUGGGGCACAAGACACCCUCACAGCUCGCUGGGAAAUGGCAAGUGCUGUGCAUGUUGUCCUUGUGCUGCUGGGGCUGGGUGUCUGGGCAGCUUCGUUACUCUGUGGUGGAGGAGUCCGAGCCGGGGACGCUGGUGGGGAACGUUGCUCAGGAUCUAGGCUUAAAGGUGACAGAUCUGUUGAGCCGCCGGCUGCGGUUGGGCACUGAGGAGAAUGGGCAAUAUUUUUCCCUGAGCUUGAUGAGUGGUGCUCUGGCAGUGAAUCAGAAAAUUGACCGAGAGAGCCUGUGUGCAGCCAGCACCAGCUGCCUGCUGCCAGUACAGGUGGUGACCGAACACCCCCUGGAACUAAUCCGUGUAGAGGUGGAAAUCCUGGAUCUCAAUGACAACUCUCCGAGCUUUGCCACCCCUGAGCGAGAGAUACGCAUCUCAGAGUCAGCUGCUCUGGGGGCACGGUUCCCACUGGAUAGUGCCCAGGAUCCCGAUGUGGGCACCAAUACUGUGAGCUUCUAUACUCUAAGCCCUAGCAGCCACUUUUCUCUGAAUGUGAAGACCCUAAAAGAUGGGAAGCUGUUCCCAGAAUUGGUGCUGGAGCAGCAGCUAGACCGUGAAACCCAGGCAAGACAUCAGCUGGUGCUCACUGCUGUGGAUGGGGGCAUCCCAGCCCGCUCAGGGACCACCCUUAUCUCAGUCACUGUGCUGGAUAUCAACGAUAAUGCUCCAGCCUUCCAGUCCUCAGUUCUACGUGUGGGACUCCCAGAGAAUGCACCCGUGGGUACGUUGCUGCUCCGCCUCAAUGCCACUGACCCAGACGAGGGCACUAAUGGCCAACUAGACUAUUCUUUUGGAGACCAUACAUCUGAGGCAGUGCGGAACCUCUUUGGCCUAGACCCUAGCAGUGGAGCAAUCCAUGUGUUGGGUCCCAUUGACUUCGAGGAGUCAAGUUUUUAUGAAAUUCAUGCAAGAGCCCGUGACCAGGGACAGCCAGCCAUGGAAGGCCACUGUGUGAUUCAAGUGGAUGUGGGGGAUGCCAAUGACAAUGCCCCAGAGGUACUACUGGCCUCUUUGGUCAACCCUGUCCUGGAGAGCACACCAGUGGGCACAGUAGUGGGAUUGUUUAAUGUGCGGGACCGAGACUCAGGGAGAAAUGGUGAAGUGAGCCUCGAUCUCUCUCCAGACCUGCCAUUUCAGAUUAAGCCUUCUGAGAACCACUACUCACUCCUAACCAGCCAGCCUUUGGACCGUGAGGCCACAUCCCACUAUAUCAUUGAGCUGCUGGCCCAUGAUGAGGGCUCGCCUCCCUUGCACGCACAUCUCACCAUCAGGCUCAACAUUUCAGAUGUAAAUGACAACGCACCCUACUUCACUCAGCAGCUCUACACGGCUUACAUCCCAGAAAACCGGCCUCCAGGCUCCCUUCUCUGCACCGUGGCUGCCUCCGAUCCAGACAUUGGGGAUAAUGCCCGUCUUACCUACUCUAUUGUAGGGAACCAGAUUCAGGGCUCCCCAGCCUCCUCCUUUGUGUAUGUCAACCCCGAGGAUGGGCGGAUCUUUGCCCAGCGUACUUUCGACUACGAACUGCUGCAGAUGCUGCAGAUUGUGGUGGGCGUUCGAGACUCUGGCUCUCCCCCGUUGCACGCCAACACCUCUCUCCACGUGUUUGUCCUGGACCAGAAUGAUAAUGCCCCAACUGUGCUGCACCCUAGACGGGGUCGGGAAUUCUCACUCCCCCAGCGUCUCCCUCGCUCUGCCCCUCCUGGCUCCUUGGUCACCAAGGUGACAGCCGUAGAUGCUGAUGCAGGCCACAAUGCCUGGCUCUCCUAUUCACUGUUGCCACAGUCCACAGCCCCAGGGCUGUUCCUGGUGUCUGCACACACUGGUGAGGUGCGAACAGCCCGGGCCUUACUGGAGGAUGAUGCUGACACCCAGCAGGUGGUGGUCCUGGUGAGGGACAAUGGUGACCCUUCACUCUCCUCCACAGCCACAGUGCUGCUGGUUCUGGAAGAUGAGGACCCUGAGGAAAUGCCCAAAUCCAGGGACUUCCUCACACACCCUCCUGAGCGCUCAGACCUUACCCUUUACCUCAUUGUGGCUCUUGCGGCCACCAGCCUCUUAUCCUUAGUCACCUUCACCUUUCUGUCAGCUAAGUGCCUUCGGGGGGACGGGGACGGGGGUGGGGGUCAGUGCUGCGGGCGCCAGGACUCGCCCUCCCGGGAGUUCUAUAAGCAGUCCAGCCCCAACCUACAGGUGAGCUCAGACGGCACACUCAAGUACAUGGAGGUGACGCUGCGGCCCACAGACUCGCACAGCCAUUGCUACAGGACGUGCUUUUCACCAGCCUCCGACGGCAGUGACUUCACUUUUCUAAGGCCCCUCAGCGUUCAGCAGCCCUCAGCUUUAGCACCGGAGCCCAACGCCUUCCGGUCCCGCUCUGACACGCUGCGGGAGCGGAGCCAGGCUGUGAGUUCUCCGCUAUCCUGUCCUCCAGUCUGUCGUGGUUCCUGCAUCUCGGUGUAGAUUCUGCUGUGUCGAAGAAUGCUGUGACUGAGAGCGGGGCAUCCCUGUGCCCUUCCCAUGGCACCUGCGGAAUGGUGCUGGUGACUCUGUGGUACCUGGGAUGCUAAGUUUCUGGGUUUCCUCACGUCACUGCCACCUGUGAGACCUAAGACAAGCCCCACCCAACACGGAUUGGCGAUUCUCUCAGGCCCAGAGACCCGGCACCAGCGGAUCCCAAAAUGGCGAUGAGACCGGCACCUGGCCCAACAACCAGUUUGACA